AAAGUCUCCCAAGAAACUUUUCAUUCCUCCUCCUCCCUCCUCCCUCCAACAGGACCACCAUUUCCCCAAUCUCCAACCCUCCAAUCUCACAUGCUUCCAAUCCAAAUCCAAAUCCAAAUCUCGAUUUCACAAUGUUAUUCUUCAUCAAACCCAGAAUUAUAACAGCCCUUUUACUCCUUCUCCUUCUCUCAAUCUCACUGCAAAUUUUUCAAGUCAAUUCCCAGUGCAGCAAAGGCUGUGACUUAGCUUUAGCCAGCUUCGACGUCUGGAGAGGUUCAAACGUAACCAUAAUCGCCCAACUUUUCAGCGUCCCAGUUUCCACUCUCCUCAGCUGGAACCCGGUUACCCUCCCAGACACGAAUACAGUCAUAGCAGGGACAAGAAUAAACAUCCCAUUUCCUUGUGACUGCAUCAGUGGGAAUUUCCUAGCUCAUGUCUUCAAUUACAGUGUUUCAACGGGCGAUACUUAUGAUUUAGUUGCGUCCCGCAAUUACGCGAAUUUAACGAGUACCACGUGGUUGCGGAGGUUUAAUAGUUAUCCGGCAAAUAAUAUCCCAGACACUGGAUUUCUGAAUGUUACUGUGAAUUGUUCUUGCGGGAAUAAGGCGAUUUUCGAGGACUAUGGGUUGUUCAUAACUUGGCCUAUAGCGGUUGGGGAUACUUUGCAGUCUGUAGCUUCUGCUAAUAAUUUGAGUGCUAAUUUGAUCAGCAGAUAUAAUCCAACUGCUAAUUUUACGUCCGGGAGUGGUCUGUUGUUCAUCCCUGGAAAAGAUCUAAAUGGAAGCUACCGGCCCCUGAAAUCCAGCAAAGGAUUUUCUGGUGGAGCUAUAGCUGGCAUUGCUGUGGGAGUAGUUGUGGUACUGUUCAUUGCUACCUGCUUAUAUAUUGUACGUUACAGAAAGAAGAAGGCACAGAAGAUCUCCUUACUCUCAAAUUAUCAGUUCCAGUUAGCUGCUCCAGCCCCUGGAGUUGCUGAAGUUAAAACUUCAGACUCCACUGGUGUUGCUGAAGGAACUUCUCCAGGUCUUACUGGCAUAACCGUUGACAAAUCUGUUGAGUUCUCAUAUGAAGAGCUUGCAAACGCUACGGACGACUUCAGUUUAGCUAAUAAGAUUGGUGAAGGUGGCUUUGGCGCUGUUUACUAUGCUGAGCUUAGAGGCGAGAAAGCUGCAAUCAAGAAAAUGGACAUGCAAGCAACAAGAGAAUUUCUUGCUGAACUGAAGGUUUUAACACAUGUCCAUCAUCUGAACCUGGUGCGCUUGAUAGGAUAUUGUGUUGAGGGUUCCCUUUUCCUUGUAUAUGAAUACAUUGAAAAUGGCAACUUGAGCCAGCAUCUUCGUGGAUCAGGGAGGGAGCCACUGUCAUGGUCAGCCAGGGUGCAAAUUGCCCUGGAUUCAGCAAGAGGUCUUGAGUACAUUCAUGAGCAUACUGUGCCUGUCUACAUCCAUCGUGACAUUAAAUCAGCGAACAUUUUGAUAGACAAAAAUUUCCAUGCCAAGGUUGCAGAUUUUGGUUUAACAAAACUGACUGAGGUUGGAAGUUCAUCUUUGCCCACACGUCUAGUGGGUACAUUUGGCUACAUGCCACCAGAGUAUGCGCAGUAUGGUGAUGUUUCUCCCAAAGUUGAUGUGUAUGCUUUUGGUGUAGUACUUUAUGAGUUAAUUUCGGCCAAGGAAGCCAUAGUUAAGGGAGGUCCUGUUGCUGAAUCUAAGGGCCUUGUAGCUUUGUUUGAAGAAGUUCUUAGUCAGCCAGAUCCCAAUGAUGAUCUCCGCAAAGUGGUUGACCCUAGACUUGGAGAUUCUUAUCCCCUUGACUCAGCCCGCAAGAUGGCACAGCUUGCAAAAGCUUGCACGCACGAAAAUCCUCAGCUUCGGCCGAGCAUGAGAUCUAUCGUGGUUGCGCUAAUGACACUUUCCUCCUCCACUGAGGACUGGGAUGUUGGGUCCUUCUAUGGAAACCAAGGGAUUGUAAAUCUUAUGUCGGGAAGAUAGAGCAGAGGUAGUCAAUCACAAUGUGGCUUCUGCAUAGUUCAUUUUUUGGUUUGUGAAUGAGAAAGUGAAUGGACCUGUUUUAGACACUAGCUUUGCGUAAAGAUCUGUACAUGUUUGCAACAUAUGUAUGUAUGUAUAAUGUACGAGUAAUUAUCAAAAUCGACAUCAAUUCAAAGGACUGAACCACAUUUGCAGUUA